AUGGUUGAUAAUGAAAAACGCGAAAAUCUGGCGAAUGCCCGUCGACAAUUAAAAAAAUUUCGUGAUCAACAUCAGUCAAAUUCUUCUGAAACAAGUGUUGCUGAAGAUGUUGAUUCUAUCCAUGGAACAUCUAUCAAUUCGUCUCUAAAUUACAAUACCGUACAACCAAUGGUAACUGGUUCAGGUAUGCCCGAUGGAAUUCAUCAAAAUAUAUUGAAAUCACCCAUCGCUGUAUCAGAGGAGCAAAAUCGUCAAUAUGUUCGACCGAUUGAAAAUCAAAGUCAACAACGAUCUUCUCGUCUUGAAGGACAACGAUCGUCCACUGGAACAAGUACUACGUCUGGUCGUUCGAACUUAAGUUCAGUUGAUAGUGAAGAGAAAUUGCGCCGUGAUGUAAAUCAGUUACAAGAACAACUUGAAAUACAUGUACAAACAAUUGGAAUGCUAGUAGCAGAAAAAAGUGAUGUAUCAGCUAAAUUAGGCCAAUCAUUUAAACAACUUGAACGUAAACAAGGUGAAAUGGAUGAAUUACAUGGUCGUUUAAAAGCCUCACGAGAGCGUGUACAAGAACUUGAAAAACAAAUAUCAAAUUCAACUUCAAAUCUACAAAAACGAGAAUUGGCAGCAAAAGAAUUCGAUAAAGAAAAUGAUCGAUUGAAAAUAGAAAAUAUUCGACAAAGUCAAUCCAUUGAAGAUUUGAAACAAAGUAUCAAUGAACUUAAUGAAAAACUUCAUAAUCGACAAACUCUUGUUGAUCAAUUAACUAUACAACUUGAAGAAUCAAAACAACAAUGUCAAAAACCUAAUGAGACAUCAGUUAUAGAAAAACAACUGAAUGAACUAAAACAAACAAUUGAAUUUAAAGACAGCCAAAUAGAGGAAAUCUCUUCGUCGAUCAACCGAAUGCGUUCCGAUAAUGAACAAUUCCAACAAUAUAAUAUAAAUAUGCAAAAUCAUAUCAAAGAGUUAAAUCAACAGAUAGUUCAAUUAACUGAGAGAAAUAAUUUUCUACUGAAUGAAAAUGAUGCAAUGAAAAUAGCUUAUCCAAUGAACUUAUCUGAUCAGUGUUCAUUAGUCGAUCAUACUAAUCUUCAACAAGAAAAUAAUUUUUAUCGUAACGCCAUAGAACAAUGGUCGAAUCGAUAUGAAGAAUUAAAAUCAAAAUUAGAUGCAAUGACUAUAUUAUUAAGUAAAAAAGAUGAAAUCAUUGUUGAACUUGAAACAAAUAAUAAUAAUGAUGCAAACGGUCAACAUCCAUCAAUAGAAUUUCAAGAAAAUUUUCAUAAAAUAUCAAAUGAAAAUAUUAAUUUAAAAAAGCAAAUCGAAUAUUUAAAAGGAUAUCAGUCAAACUUGAACAAUGAACAACCAACUCAAACUGAUGAUCAAUCGAUGAAUUUAUCGUUAUUAAAAGAUAUCAACGAUAACAAUCAAGUUCAACAAAUGAAUCUUGAUCAAGUAAAUGAAACCAUGCGUGAAAAUAUUGAUUUAAAAGCUCGUAUAGAACACCUUGAACAUGUAAUUCAACAAUUACAAAGUGAAACUGAAACAAUAGGUGACUACAUCUAUUUAUAUCAGCAACAACGUGAACAACUUCAAAAACGUUAUCAAGAAAAAGAUAUUUAUAUUCAACAAUUAACGCACGAUCGAAUGAGUUUGCAAAAAAAAAUAUCAGAAUUAGAAAUAUUAUUUGUCCAGAUUUUAAACAUACCAAUGACAAAUUUAACUCAAUUAGAAAAAUCUAACACUCAAAUGUCAUUAACACAAGUUAAUAUGAAUUCGUCUAUGGAAUUAACAUGUAAUACAAAGGAUAUUCAAGAAUUCCGAACAAUGAAUCAUCCGUUGUUGUCAUCAUCAACAACCAAUAAUCAGAUAAUGCCUUUACAUAGCGAUAAACCUACUGAUUCGAAAUUUUCAAUGUUAAGCGACGAGACAAAAUUACGUAUUUUUGAAUUAAUCAAAGAAUUACAACAGACUAAUAUAUCAUCUGUACAGCAUGAUAGUUCAUCAAGCAUCAAAUUGGCGUUUGUCGAUUCGAGUUUGUAUACAUGCUCAACAUGUUCAGGUUUCAUUCAAUCAGUAUAA